GGCACCUCAUUUUUCUGCAGAACUUUUAAGCCUUUUCCUUUCGUUUGUUUUUCUCUCUUUCCCGAAAUCUGGUUUUUUCCUGAACUAGUGAGAAUUUGCUAACUGUGUUAUUUUACAGUAUCAUACGGAUAACGGUUUGCAAUGAAGUUUUGAAGUCUGAACAAACAACUGGGUGUUGCAUAUCUUUUGGAGUAGUUUCUUGACAUGGAAGCUUGUAUGGAUUUCUUGGAUCGACUCGACCGCGACAUAUCGUUGAAGAUUCUAACGUAUUUGGAAGAUCCAUCUGAUCUUCUCCGCGCUAGUUCUGUUUCACGGUCUUGGCGAAAUUUUGUGAUUGUAAAUGGUCUUUGGAAGCAAUUAUGUUUGAGAAUGUUUCCUCAGUUAUCUAGAGUGUCCCAUGUUUUUGGAUUGAAUAAAGUCAGUACAAAAGAGCUUGUAGAAGCUGGAUCUAGCUAUUCAAAAGAACGGGAAUCUCUGGAAAGGGAUGAUAGGGCCUAUUCUCUUUUAGCUCGAGCUUGUACAUCAUCUAUUGUUAGGGACUGCAUUUUGCAACCAAUUAGUGUAUCGAGCACUGAUAAUUAUCCAGAGGAAAGCAUCAAUAAUACUCUUCAACCAGCGGAUAUUGUUGCACGGAGAGUUUCAUACUGGUUGAGUAGAGGACAAAGUAAUCCUGUGGUGACCGAGAGACUAACAUACAAACUGGCUGAUGAAUUUUGUGUCAUUACAGAAAUCAAUAUACGCCCUUUCCUAGCUUACUUUCAAUCGGGUUCGCCCCUAUAUUUGGUCGAAGCUGUGCGAUUUCGAAUGGGCCAUCCCAAGGGCCCCAUGGGUGUAGGAAAUGAUCUCCUGAGUGACUCGUACCCCGUUUCUGCCUACGAAAAAUUCAUAUGGACCUAUACUUCACAAGAAUUUCCGAUGGCUCAGGAAAGUUGCUUGCUGAAGUUCAAGCUUCCAGAACCUGUUCUUUGUGUUGGUGGAAUUUUGCAGAUCGAGCUGCAGGGUAGGGUUCAGAGACAAGAAAUGGCUGGCUCACUCUCUACACGCAUGUCUUAUGUUCAAGUUAUGGGGCGGCCGUUAUCUCCAACAUUUGGUGUAGAGAUUCUUGAGCCAUCUGGGAAAUUUGUCUUGAAGAUUAAGCAUAACACGUUGGUCAAGUUUCAAACCCAACCAAGCAUACCUUCAGCUGAUCACUUUCAGAGACGUCGCACAUAUUUCCAGCAUAUUUUGUCUAUUCCUACUAUAUUGCAAGGAAACUUGGUCGAUGAUAUCGAUGAGAUUGAAAUGAGCGAAGAGGAAGAAUAAAAUCUUCUCUGAAGUUGUUGUAUGUCUCCCCCUCACCAUCCUUUCAUAUGGAGAAUUAUGUUGAAAGUCCUCUCCUCCUUGUCAGUCUAUUCUAUCAGGAGAUGUAUACGGUUCAUCCCUGUUUAUCUUCAAAAUUUGUAAGUAUUGCUUUAUUCUAAGAGUGGUGAUCUAAUUAAUGAACUCAAGGCAACUUGGAUUUCGUAUCAUAUGUCUAUAGUCUGUCUAGUGGACAAUGAUCUCCAGCUUAUGUUUCACUGAAUCACUGGUAUAGAAAAGAGGAUGAAGUUGUUUCA